AUGAUAUAUAAUCAUAAAUACAUUGUUCUUGUAGAAAAUGUGAUCCCGUUGUAUAGAUAUGUUGGUGGUAGCACUCAUUUUUAUACAACAAGUGCGGAUGAAAUUGGAACAAUCACGCCUGGGGCUGUUGGUAAACAUGGAUAUGUUUUCGAAGGUGUCGCCUGUAAUAUAUUUGCGACCCCAGAGCCUAACACAAUACCCUUAUAUCGAUAUGCUGCUGGUCUAUAUUCUCAUUUCUACACAACUAAUUGGGCUGAAAUUGGUACUGAUGCUGUUGGUGCAGUUGCUAAUGGCUGGCUGAUGGAAGGAAUAAUUGGAUAUGUCUAUUCAACAAAACAGCCUGGUACAUGCCCUCUCUACCGGUACCUGAACCAUGAUCAUUUUUACACGGUCAACCCAUGUGAAAUUGGCAUUAUCAUCCCGGGAUUGAUUGGUUCAAAUGGUUAUAAAUUAGAAGGCAUUGCUGCUUACGUACUCACGACUUUCAAAUGUGACACCAUUGCAUGUUAA